UCAAACGAAACGUGUUUGUAAUUCCGUGGAGCAUUUGUUGCUAAAGCUAUGGCAGCUGCUCCUCCUCUUGCUUUCUCUCUAAAUAAUUUGCUGAAUUCUCGUCUGCUUUCAGCUCCUUCAGUUUGGGUUAAUUCUUUGGUGGUUCCAAGGAUUUCAACAGUUUCUUCGUCGUCAUCUUCAUCAGCAAAGAAAACCCAUCACUUGAAGCUCGAACACUCCCCAAAAGCUUCUUCUGAAGGAGUUCCCAGUGAGUUGAUUGAAGAUUCAAAAUUCGUUCCUCUAAAUGCUGAUGAUCUAAUAUAUGGUCCACCUGCUUUAUUAUUUUUGGGCUUUGAAGUGGAAGAAGCUGGGAAGAUACAACAGUUUCUGAAAGAGUUGGAUGCUGAAUUCCUCAAGGUUAUUUAUUGUACUGAAGACAUGAUUACUCGUUCACUCUGGGAAGCAAUGAAUACAAGCCAACCCAAUUUGGAAGCAUUGAAGAUUGCCAAGGGACUACCACGAAUCUGUUUCUUAUCUGGUCUUAGUGGGGAGGAGAUGAUGGCGUUCAUUGAUUCUUUCCCAGAAGCAGGACUAGGGCUGCCUGUUUUUGCGGCCCUUGUUCCCAACAGUGCUGAUAAGCUGCUGGAGGAGUUGAUAGAAGAGAUUAUGGAGGACCAUGAAAUGCUAACUGCAAAGCAAAAGGAAAAGGCAUAGGCUAUGCAGAUUCGAUUGUUGAA